AUGUGUUGUCUUUGGAGCCAUGUCUUUUUCAGCUACCGCGAGUUGCAGGCGGCCAAAGCAUGCAUGAUUUUGACAAGGUGUCAAGAUGAGACCAGAUUAAACUGUGCCGUCCCCAACCACGCAACCUACACACCGCAUCGCCGUAUCAUUGAUCGAUUUCCCUCGCGCCCUGCAAAUCCCGCUCUUCGUGCAAGCCUGUCGCCCACUGCUCUAGCCGCCCCCUCACCUUCCUCCCUCCCUCCCUCCCUCCCUCCCUCCCUCCCCAUCCUCCUCAGUCUGACGGGCGCAAGCAGUCUUGUGCCAGGAAUCUGGUCGGACAAAUCAGCUCAGGACGUUGAGCAGCCACCGUUCUUCAAGAUGAGCGCAAGCACACACGAUAGACGAGAGAGGGCACAAAUUCUCCGGGUGAGCAUAUCCCAAGCCCUGGACAUCGGGAUUUGCGGAUUUGCGGACGUACAACUGGGCACGGCCCAGCACUGCGGGCCCACCCCCGUUGUCACGUCCACCCGUCCGUCCGAGCGGCGGUCUACCUCGGGCAGCAUGCCUUAUUCUGCCUGUGCACUCUUAGAUCUCGGCAAAGGCACAUCCUUCUAG